AUGUUUCGAGAGCCUGAUGAGGUUCAUGCAGAUCAGGCUGCAGCAAAGCUCGAUCAGCUUGCAGCAACAAGGCGCUCUAACAUUCGUCGAGAAUCCAGCGUGCGACCUGGUCGAACGUCCUCCUCCCGCUCUCUCAUUGAUCGCAUAAGAGAUACUCGUCGAGAACCUGCCGAUGAGUCGAGAACCACUCCGCUACAAUCGCGUCAGCCGCGCGACCUCUCUCAAGAUAUUUACGAGUUGGACUCGGAUCUAGGCCGUCUUCGCUCGGUACGCCUUAGACAGCGCGCCCGUGCGAGUCUACUUGAGCGGGACUCGGCUAGGCGAUCAGAACGCACUCGUCUAGAGCCGGCGGCCCGAACUGAUACGGAUAUCGACCUGUUGGACCGAUUGCGCUUCAGUACUGGUGGUGCCUCAUCAGGGGGGGACACGGAUCAAGAUGUGGGCAUCGAGAUCCUCUCAUCUGACUCGCAUGAAACUAUUGCACAACAUUUACCUCGUCCUUCUCGAGAAUCUGGAUUGAGAUUCGAAGUUGCGGCAGCUUCACAGCCAGAGUCGGAACCAUCUCGCCGGACACACUUUCACAUGGCGGUGACACGAGCCCCUAGUCCGUCGGCUAGCAGACGGUUAGCCGCAAUCGGGCCUACAUAUAUGAUUAACGGUCGAAGAUAUGGCUUGCGUCAAGACUUGGCCGGUCCGAUCGUGACGUAUUCCCUACAUCCUAAUUCCGCUCCGACCUUUCCAGAGUCCGCUCCGGCACCUCCAGAGUCCGCUCCGGCACCUCCAGAGUCCGCUCCGGCACCUGACCCUCCUGGUGCCAGCGUAGAACCUCUAGGCCAGGAACAGCCCAGGCUGAAUGAACGUGAUCUGUUGGACGGCUUCAUGGACACAACGCCACCAGAAAACUUUGACACCUCUUAUCCGCCGUUACGGCGUGUCAACCACGAAUCACCACGCCCAGGUGUCGGGUCUAGCUCGAGGAUUGACGGACUCGGUGAUCGACUUCGAAGUCCAAGCCCGGCCUCUGAUGCCCACGAAGAGGAAAACUGGGGAACUCUUCUGACUACUAUGGAACCAGGCCGAUCAAGCGCUACGACUUCCUUCAUGUCCUCACUUCCAGAUGCGCAAUCCGGUUCCAAUCGAUCGUCGCAAGCUACGACUGCCGCAACCAGUUUUGGGGAGAUUGGCGGUGAUGAUUCUUGCGACCUGGAUCUUCCUUCGGGCAUCACCGAAGCGGAUGUGCGGGAAAUCCGCGCACGACAUGGGAGAGUACGUAGAGAUCUAGCUCCAAGGCCGGACGAUCCGGUUCAUGAAGCGAUCCAGCGAGAUCUCUCGCGAGGAAACGACAGGAUAUUGGAGCUGGAAGUCUUUAGCGUCAUACUGGAUAGAAUGCAGAGAAGGGAGGAGAUUCCUGAUGAGUGGUGGGCUGCGGUUGGGCUCUCACCCGACGUCGUCCGAGGUGGCACUUGA